AACUCCAUGUGACUGUCUUGUUUGUGGAUCUACUUCCUCUCAUGUAAGUCAGCGACCUCUUGGGAUUGGGACACACUGUUUUCAAGACCCUGCCAGUCAGUCCCAAAAUGGAUCAUAAGGAAGUGGUCUUUCUACUUCUUCUGUUUCUGAAAUCAGGUCAUGGAGAUUCCCUGACUGACUACGUAAACACCCAGGGGGCUUCCCUGUUCAGUUUAUCUAAGAAGUACCUAACAGCAGGAAGUGUAGAGGAAUGUGCUGCAAAAUGUGAGGAGGAAGCCGGAUUCCUCUGCAGGGCGUUCCAGUACCACAGUAAAGAGCAACAGUGUGUGCUGAUACCUGAAAACAGCAAGUCUUCCCCGGUCAUCAGGAUGAGAGACGUUGUUUUAUUUGAAAAGAGAAUCUAUCUUGCAGAAUGCAAGACUGGAAAUGGAAAGAACUACAGAGGGACCGCGUCCAGAACGAAAACUGGCAUCAUCUGUCAAAAAUGGAGUGACAGUUUUCCGCACAAACCCAACUAUUCACCUGAUGACUUCCCUUCGGAGGGGCUGGAGGAAAAUUACUGCAGGAACCCAGACAAUGACGAGAAUGGGCCCUGGUGUUACACCACAGACCCAGAACAGAGAUUUGACUUCUGCGACAUUCCGGAAUGUGAAGAUGAAUGUAUGCACUGCAGUGGAGAAAAUUAUGAAGGCAAAAUUUCCACGACUGUGUCUGGACUUGAAUGCCAGUCCUGGGACUCUCAGAGCCCACAUGCUCAUGGCUACUUUCCCUCCAAAUUUCCAAGCAAGAAUUUGAAGAAGAAUUACUGCCGGAACCCUGAUGGGGAGCCCCGUCCAUGGUGUUUCACCACAGAUCCCAACAAACGCUGGGAAUUCUGUGACAUACCACGCUGCACAACGGCUCCACCACCUUCUGGCCCAACAUAUCAGUGUCUGAAAGGAAAAGGUGAAAACUACCGAGGGAAUGUGGCAGUCACUGUGUCUGGGCACACCUGUCAGCGCUGGAAUGAACAGACCCCUCACAAGCACAACAGAACUCCAGAAAACUUUCCCUGCAAAAAUUUGGAUGAAAACUACUGUCGUAACCCUGAUGGAGAGACCUCUCCAUGGUGCUAUACAACAAACAGUGAGGUGAGGUGGGAAUACUGCAAGAUCCCAUCCUGUGAGUCGUCUCCAGUAUCCACGGAACAUGCUGAUGUCCCAGUGCCACCUGAACAAACUCCUGUGGUCCAGGACUGCUACCAGGGCAAUGGACAGAGUUAUCGAGGCACAUCAUCCACCACAAUCACAGGAAAGAAAUGCCAGUCUUGGUCAUCUAUGACACCACACCGGCAUAUGAAGACCCCAGAAAAAUUCCCAAAUGCUGGCCUGACCAUGAACUACUGCAGGAAUCCAGACGAAGACAAGAGCCCUUGGUGUUACACCACUGACCCGAGAGUCAGGUGGGAGUAUUGCAACUUGAAAAAAUGCUCCGAAACAGAAGGGCAAGUCCCGGACUUCCAGCCCGGUGCCCAAGAACCAAGUGUGGAGGACCCUUCUGAAUCAGACUGCAUGUUUGGGAAUGGUAAAGGAUACCGGGGCAAGAAGGCGAGCACGGUGACUGGCACCCCGUGCCAGGAGUGGGCUGCCCAGGAACCCCACCGACACACCAUUUUCACUCCGCGGACAAAUCCACAGGCGGGUCUGGAGAAAAAUUACUGCCGGAACCCGGAUGGUGAUGUCAAUGGUCCCUGGUGCUACACCACAAACCCAAGAAAACUUUUUGACUAUUGUGAUGUCCCUCAGUGUGCAUCCUCUUCAUUUGAUUGUGGAAAGCCCCGGGUGGAGCCGAAGAAAUGUCCUGGAAGGGUUGUAGGUGGGUGUGUGGCCAACCCGCAUUCCUGGCCCUGGCAGAUCAGUCUUAGAACAAGAUUUGGAAAGCACUUCUGUGGAGGCACGUUAAUAUCCCCGGAGUGGGUCUUGACUGCCGCCCACUGCUUGGAGAGGUCCUCAAGGCCCACAACGUACAAGGUCAUCCUGGGCGCACACCAAGAAGAGAUACAGGAUGGGGAUGUUCAGGAACUAGACGUGUCCAGGCUGUUCUUGGAACCCACACGAGCAGAUAUUGCCUUGCUCCGGCUACAGAGCUCUGCCAUCAUCACUGACAAGGUGAUCCCAGCUUGUCUGCCAUCCCCAAACUAUGUGGUCGCUGACCGGACAGAAUGCUACAUCACUGGCUGGGGAGAAACUCAAGGCACCUUUGGUGCUGGUCUCCUGAAGGAAGCCCAGCUGCCUGUGAUUGAGAAUAAAGUGUGCAAUCGCUAUGAGUACCUGAAUGGAAAAGUGAAGUCCACGGAGCUUUGUGCUGGGCAUUUGGCUGGAGGCACUGACAGUUGCCAGGGUGACAGUGGAGGGCCUCUGGUUUGCUUCGAGAAGGACAAGUACGUUUUACAAGGAGUCACUUCUUGGGGUCUUGGUUGUGCACGCCCCAAUAAGCCUGGUGUCUAUGUUCGUGUCUCAAGGUUUGUGAAUUGGAUUGAAGGAAUAAUGAGAAAUAAUUAACUGGAUGAGAGACACAAUGAAGCAUCAACGUAUCUAGAAGCUGGAACAGAGUAGGGAAUUUAGCAUGCUCAGGAAUAAUUGACAAUAAUCAAACUAAGACACUGUACUUAGCUACCAUCUACGGCCAAGCUGCAACAUUUUUUAGUAUUAUUAUGGAUAAACUUUUUGCCCAUGGACUGCUGCAUCCUGUAAUAAGGUACUACAGCUGUGACAGUUCUUGGAAAUAAACUCUACUUCAAUUGUUUUGAUCUUUA